CCACUUUUUUCUCCACGCUGCAGCCACCUAAUUACCUAAAGCCCGGCUUGCGAAAGUUACCUAAUGACGGGCUGAGCCGCGCCUCUCUCUCUUCGCUUCUCCGCCGCCGCGACCGUGGAAAAUCUGCUGUUGGAACGCUCACGAUGGACGCCGCUCAGAUAUCCUGGGAGAUAGAAAACUGUGUCAACCUGGUCGACCCCUACCGCGAUGCCCUCUACACCUACGAUCCCGCCGCCUCCCAGGCACUCAUGUCCGCCAAGCCCUGGUCCAGGGACCCCCAUUAUUUCAAGUCCAUCCGCAUCUCCGCCGUCGCCCUUCUGAAAAUGGUCAUGCACGCCCGCUCUGGCGGCAGCCUCGAGGUCAUGGGCCUCAUGCAGGGCUACGUCUCCGCAAACACCUUCAUCGUCACCGACGCCUUCCGCCUGCCUGUCGAGGGCACCGAGACCAGAGUAAACGCCCAGGACGAGGCCAAUGAGUACAUGGUGUCGUACCUGCAGGCCUGUCGCGACUCGGGCAGGAUGGAGAACGCGAUCGGCUGGUAUCACAGCCAUCCGGGCUACGGGUGCUGGCUUUCGGGGAUCGACGUCUCCACGCAGGAUACCCAGCAGACGUACAACGACCCUUUCGUCGCCGUCGUGAUCGACCCCGACCGCACCAUAUCCGCGGGGAAGGUGGAGAUCGGAGCUUUCAGAACAUAUCCAAAGGAUUAUCAGCCGUCGAGGGCGGAGCACGACGACGACGGGUACCAGAGCAUACCGCUGCACAAGGUGGAGGACUUUGGCGCGCACGCGUCGCAGUACUACUCUCUCGAAGUCUCGCAUUUCAAAUCUACACUUGACACGAAGAUUCUCUCCCUCCUCUGGAAUAAGUACUGGGUGGCGACGAUAAGCCAGAGCCCCCUAUUCACGAAUCGCGACUACAUCACGAAGCAGAUGGCAGACAUGAGCGAGAAAAUAAAAAAGGCCACCAGGGCCGUCGAAAGUAACGCCCAACGGGAGAAUACCUUGGUAACCAACGAUCAGCAGCUCGAGAAGGUUGCCAAGGCGGGGAAAAGAAUUGUCGGAGAGGAGUUGAACGGACUCAUGGCUGCUGAGAUUAAGAGGGAAUUGUUCCAAGGGGUUGGACCGCAGACGGCGGGAAAGACGUGAUACGUGUAGAAUUCCACUAUGGCAUCUGUAGAGAAAUAUCUAUGGAUCCGCGGCACUCUUAGCCUUCCUUGACUUUUUUCCCCUCCCUCUUUAAGAGGGCUUAUGCAUACUAUUUUACGGGUCAGAAAAGUACGAGAUAGAUACUAGACCAACAACCGCUUGAAGGUAGGGAUUAAUUUAAAGCUUAAAAGUCAUGCAA